AUGGUCCCCGGGCCAGGUCCCAACUUCCACAUUGAGGGGUUGGGGUGCUUUCACUUCGAGCCCCCAGAAGCAUUGCAACCCAAACACAGGUGGGAGGCAGAGGCCAGGAUCAGCUCUGAGGGGCAUGGGGAGAAGGCCAACAGCUGUGCUGAUAGGGGGCAGGCGGGGGCCAGCGGAAGCAGUGAGCGGCUCGGGCCCGAGCCCCAGGCCUGGUCCUGGCGGGCGCUGGCUGCUUGUGCGGGUUGGAAGGAGGUCACCAGCCCUCGCAGCAAGGCUGGGCGUGAUGGCACUUCCGGCUUCGUCCUGACCCCUCUCCAGAGUGAGGAGUCCUCCGCAGAGAGGAGCGCUGGCCUGGCCUCUGAUCCCCAAGAGCCGGGUCUGGGUGUCAGGAACCAGGAGUGCGUGGCCUUCGGCAAGUUCGGGCCCUCCAGGAUCUUCAGCCUUCCCGCCAGCAGCAGGGCGAGAGCUGAGCCCAGGCCAGACCCCAAGACCCGCUCCCUGGAGGUCGCUGCCCCUCAGGCGGGCGGCGGCGGCACCUCCCCCGCCCCUUUCAGCGCGCCCUCGGUCUUCCUCCGGUCCAGACCCGGCCUGGGGAGCAGGGUGGGUUUGCGAGGCCGGACCGAGGCGCGGGGAGCUGUCCGCAGCUUGGUGCUGAACGGAGACGCAGGGGUGACCCUGCACCGCCCAGAGGCGUUUCCCAGGGUCCCUUUGAGCCCCCGGAGAAGGAAAAAGCACAAGGGAGAAGUGGAGGAGAGGGGAGACGAACCCCAGAGGAACCGGAGUUUAGGAGGGGAGAGGGCCUGUAACCUGGAGCAAGAGAGAAAACGAGGGGGUGGGGGCGAGAGCGACCCGGCGCCGCUGGCCGCGGAAGAUUUAUGGCGCCGCCCGAGUUCCAAGGACAGGCUGCGCUCGUCGCUGCUGCCACAGUCGACAGCCGGGAAUGAAGGAUACUCAAAAAGGAGAGGCCCCUCCCUCAAAGAGGAAGCCCAGAGUCUGGAGAGACUGCAUUUGGCCAUAGUGGUAAAGGCAUACCUGAAGGAGGAAAACUUAGGGAGUGGGCGGCUAGAAGCAAAGGAGAAGUGGCUUCUGAGAAACUUCCUUGAGAACCUCUCUGUCCCACGUGCUGACCCAGAGGGAAGCCAGCUUUGGAGCGGCGGCAUGGAGGCUCUCACCACUCAGCUGGGGCCGGGGCGCGAGGGCAACUCCUCACCCAACUCCAAGCAGGAGCUGCAGCCCUACUCGGGCUCCAGCGCUCUCAAACCCAACCAGGUGGGCGAGACGUCGCUGUACGGGGUGCCUAUCGUGUCUCUGGUCAUCGACGGCCAGGAGCGCCUAUGCCUGGCGCAGAUCUCCAACACUCUCCUCAAGAACUACAGCUACAAUGAGAUACACAACCGCCGCGUGGCCCUGGGCAUCACGUGCGUGCAGUGUACGCCGGUGCAGCUGGAGAUUCUGCGUCGGGCCGGGGCCAUGCCCAUCUCGUCGCGACGCUGCGGCAUGAUCACGAAGCGCGAGGCCGAACGCCUGUGUAAGUCGUUCCUGGGCGAGCACAAGCCACCCAAACUGCCUGAGAACUUCGCCUUCGAUGUGGUGCACGAGUGCGCCUGGGGCUCGCGUGGCAGCUUCAUCCCCGCGCGUUACAACAGCUCUCGUGCCAAGUGCAUCAAAUGCGGUUACUGCAGCAUGUACUUCUCGCCUAACAAGUUCAUCUUCCACUCGCAUCGCACACCCGACGCCAAGUACACGCAGCCCGACGCAGCCAACUUUAACUCGUGGCGCCGACACCUCAAACUCAGUGACAAGUCGGCCACAGACGAGCUGAGCCACGCUUGGGAGGACGUAAAGGCCAUGUUCAAUGGAGGUACCCGCAAGCGGACCUUCUCUCUCCCAGACUUUCUGAGCGAGGGCAGCUCAAGCUACCACUCCGCCUCCCCCGACGUGGACACUGCUGACGAGCCCGAGGUGGAUGUGGAGUCCAACCGCUUUCCCGACGACGAGGGCGCCCCGGACGAGGGCGAGCCCGGAGUGCCCGGCGCGCCCAGCACAGGAGGCGGCCCGGACGGCGAACAGCCCGCAGGGCCCCCGUCUACCACCUCUUCAGGCGCUGACGGCCCCACAGACUCUCCCGACGGCGGCAGCCCUCGCCCCCGGCGCCGCCCGGGGCUACCCCCAACCAGCCGGUCCGCAUUUGGGGACCUGGCGACCGACGACAUGGUGCGGAGACCUGAGACGAGCCCGCCGAGCGGCGGCUAUGAGCUGCGAGAGCCUUGCGGGCCGCUGGGGGGCCCCGCGCCCGCCAAGGUGUACGCGCCCGAGCGGGACGAGCACGUGAAGAGCGCGGCGGCGGCGCUGGGGCCCGCGGCCUCCUACCUCUGCACCCCCGAGGCCCACGAGCCGGAUAAGGAAGACAAUCAUUCGACCGCCGACGAUUUGGAAACGAGGAAAUCCUAUCCAGACCAAAGGAGUAUCUCCCAGCCAAGUCCCGCAAAUACAGACCGAGGUGAAGAUGGACUCACCCUAGAUGUCACGGGAACUCAACUAGUGGAGAAAGAUAUCGAGAACUUGGCCAGAGACGAAUUGCAAAAAUUGCUCCUGGAACAAAUGGAGCUCCGAAAGAAGCUGGAGCGAGAAUUUCAGAGUCUCAAAGAUAAUUUUCAGGAUCAAAUGAAGAGGGAAUUGGCUUAUCGAGAAGAAAUGGUGCAACAGCUGCAAAUUGUCAGAGACACUCUGUGUAACGAACUUGACCAAGAGCGGAAGGCACGCUAUGCCAUCCAGCAGAAAUUAAAAGAAGCCCACGACGCCCUGCACCACUUCUCCUGCAAGAUGCUGACGCCCCGGCACUGCACUGGUAACUGCUCCUUCAAGCCCCCGCUGUUGCCCUAGGGCCGGCCCGACCGCGCCCACGCGCCCUCAAGCCAUGCUGCUCUCUUCUUGUAAAUACCUGUGGCCGCGGCGGCCGAGAGCGAGAUACAAGCCAUUCAGACCGGACCGAUGUAAAUACAGCCUCCCGCCCGCCCGCUCUCCUCCCGGGCGCCUCGGCCUUGGCCGCCCCCUCCCGGGCGACCCAGCCCAGGACCCCUUCUUCAUUUCCAAAUGUAAAUAUCACCUCGCCCCACGGUUGAACUCCGGGGCAUCGGACUUCAUGGGGUUAACUGGACCGAAGGGGGUAAAAAAAGGGGAGGGGCCCCCCUACAGCUUCGGAACCCCUAUUGUGAAUACAAUGUAGCAACUUCUCUGGCCCCGCGCUCCCCGCCCCGUCCACUUCUGAAACUUGUUCCUAACGACAAAGUGGCUAUGUGCAAUGGAUAUAAAUGUACUGUGAGUCUCUUGGUUCAGUAUUGGGUUCACUUUAAUUUAUUUAUGCUAUAAAUUAUUUUGCCUCCUUCUCCUGGACCUACUUCCAAGUCCAUUUUGCAUUCCCCCUUGGGUUUUGCUUUGUCUAUUUUUUGUUGUAAUCUCUUGAUGUAACAGCACUUUAAAAAGGGCGACAACUGACUCACAAGAUGGAAACCACCUUGAUUGGGGAGACCACCCUGUAU